AUGUGUCUCACGUACAAUAUUGCAUUUUUGGGCUACCUCGAGCACCAUGAAAGUCCCAUAUCGGUCGCAGCCGCCGCCGGCGAAGCGCUCGCCGCCCAGAGCGGCAGUGUGGCGCUGACGCGACGCGAGCGCAGAGAAGCGGCGCUGCCCAGCACAGCCCAGCCCAGCCCGGCACGGCACCGCUCGGACCCACGGCGAGAGGCGCGCGCGCUACGCGACGCCACUGCCGGUCGCGUACCCUACCCUGCCCUGGCCCGAACCGAGGACCUCCGCUGGCAAAUUCUGCUGAACGGCUGCAUUGCGUGUCGAAGAAUUCUGCAUAACGCUGCCGCACGCCAUUUGCCGACACCACGGAGGGUAAGGACGAGACGACACGAGAGCUGCAAGACUGCAUUCUUCAUCUCCGGCGAUGAACAGAUCAAGUUUCCUACUGAUCUGAAAACUCUUCUCCAGCAGGUCAACUUAAGGAAGAAGAAACCAACAAAUCGUGCACACCGGACAGAAUUGAACGAGGAAAACCACUUCGUCUCAUCAAAGUCGGAGAUGCAGUCGAUAAAGUUUCUGCGGGUUCCUGAAGGAAGAUCUGCCGGGCGAAUCUAAACUCGAAGAGACUGAGUAAGCGACGCAGAGAAAUUGGAUUUCCAUAUCAAAUCGAAGGCCCUCCAGAGGGGUUCGGCGGCCGCUGCUGACUGCAGCUCUAUCUGAGCCUCAACCCGGCCCGGCCCUGCCCAGCGCCGGCCGGCGGCGGCCCGGCCUAGCCCA